UAUAUUUAUACAUACCCUCAUUUCAUGGCAUCUUCUUCUUACUUGUGAUCUCAAUCCACCAUAGCCUCUCCCUUAGUCUGCACUCAAAGAACAACAUCUGCAGAAACAAGAAAAAUAUAAUGUCCACGCAGCCGCAACAACAGCCUGUUGUCGUUUACCCCGACACUGUUGCCGGGCAGCCGCCACCGGGUUCGUACGCUCACUCAAAUGGUUCAUUUGGGACUGUUUUUAUAGUACUUGCUGUAAUUAGUGUUAUAUCAGCUGUUGCUUGUUGCCUUGGCAAGCUUUGCAAUAAGAGUCAAGGCAACAAAAACAGUAAACCCAGUAAGCAGAGUCAGCAAAACCCCAACUUUCGUCCCAAGGAAAGAGGAAGGGAGAGGGAGAGGGAGAGGGAGAGGAGAAGAGAAGGUGACCUUGAGUUUGGAUUCGAAAAGGGACUCCCAACAGGAGGUAGGCCAAGUGGAAAUGGAGAUGGUAGAGGACACAAACCAUCUGAAAAUGGUCAUAUGAAAGCUGAAACUUUCACUGUUGAUGGUGGUCAUCUAAAGCCUGGCCCAUAGAUUAUUUUCUUCAUGUUUGUUGCUUUAAUUAAUUUCUCUGUUGCCAUUUCUAUCAAAAUCUUUUUUUUUUUUUUUCUUUUGGAUCAGACUUUGAACAAUUAUUGUAUAUACUCUUUCUUCUUUCUAAAUCAUAUGAAGGAGUGGGUCAUAGUUUUAGUUA